CCGGAAGUAGGAAGAGGGGCAGGAGGGAGAAGGAUGGUAGCAGGUCCGGGAGGUGGCGACGAAUCUGCGUGGUGCCCACCGAGCAGGAUGGUGCUACCGCCCUCGCGGGUAUCGCUCCUGCUGCUUCUGCAUCUCCUCCUGGUCGUGUCCGCGUCGCCAGGAGCCGCAGAGCUCACAGACGGGAAUAGCGAGCAUCUGAAACGGGAGCAUUCGCUUAUCAAGCCCUACCAGGGGGUUGGCUCCAGUUCAAUGCCUCUCUGGGAUUUUCAAGGGAGCACAAUGCUGACUAGCCAGUAUGUUCGACUAACUCCUGAUGAACGCAGCAAGGAAGGUUCUAUCUGGAACCGAGUGCCCUGCUUCCUGAAGGAUUGGGAGCUCCACGUCCAGUUCAAGAUCCAUGGAGCAGGAAAGAAGAAUCUGCACGGAGAUGGAUUUGCUCUAUGGUACACUCGGGAGCGCCUUACUCCAGGCCCUGUCUUUGGCAGCAAAGAUAACUUCCAUGGACUGGCUGUUUUCCUGGACACAUAUCCCAAUGAUGAGGCUACAGAGCGUGUAUUCCCAUACAUCUCUGCCAUGGUAAACAAUGGAUCCCUGAUGUAUGAUCAUAGUAAAGAUGGCCGCUGGACAGAGUUGGCAGGCUGCACGGCUGAUCUUCGUAAUCAGAAUCAUGACACGUUUUUGGCUGUGCGCUAUUCUCGGGGGCGCCUGACAGUGAUGACUGAUGUGGAGGACAAAAAUGAAUGGAAAAACUGCUUUGAUGUUUCAGGAGUCCGACUGCCCACUGGCUACUUUUUUGGGGCUUCUGCUGGUACAGGAGAUCUAUCUGACAAUCAUGACAUCAUCUCAAUGAAGUUGUUUCAGCUGAUGGUGGAACAUCCACCAGAAGAAGAGAACAUUGACUGGACAAAGAUUGAACCCAGUGUCAGCCUCCUCAAGUCACCCAAAGAUAAUGUGGACGAUCCAACGGGAAACUUCCGUAGUGGGCCUUUGACGGGCUGGAAAGUGUUCCUAUUGCUACUCUGUGCUCUGCUGGGCAUCAUUGUGUGUGCUGUAGUGGGUGCUGUGGUCUUCCAGAAACGGCAGGAGAGGAACAAACGAUUUUACUAGUGGGGAGCAGCCCUGGAUUCUGGGCACUUUGGAGCAUUUUUUACAGGGGAGGGCGGGAGGGGGAAUUGUAUAGACUCUGGUUUCUAAAAGGCUCUUUUGGAGAAAUAUAUGGAUUAUUUUCAUAUCUUGUUUUUUCCUGGCUGCACUAGCCAGGCAACCUGUGGCAAACAAUCAAGAAUGCAGAGUGGUGCAGCCCUAAUUGAGAGCCCAUCCCCUCCUUUUAGAAUGCUGUUCAGAACCUCAGCCACACUUUAAGAAAAAGACUACAACCCUCUGACUAGAGCUUAGAAAUGGCAGAUGUUCCUUCUCCAUGCGGCAUGGUUCUGCCUGCCAGCUAGAAUCUACUGGGUGUUUCUCUGAUGGAGGUAGUAUUUCCCUAGCCCUGCCAAUGUGCUGGGGAGAUUUUGUGGACUGGCCUGUAAACCUAUUCCAAGGUGGGUGUUUUGAAGUGAAUCUAUUUUGUAGUCUCAUUGGCCUUGGAACUUUUAGUAUUGACUAUUUCUGUAUAGCAGAGAGACUAAUUUAUACCAAAACAAGUGAUCAUCAGAUUGGAUUGUUCCCUUUUGGUGAUGGAAACUGUGAUUGCAUUGGUUUGGGAGAGAAGGGGCUUGAAUUUUUUCCAGUUACUGUGAAAUAUGUGCCACAAUUUGGUCAUAGAGGCUCAGACCCUGUUCUGAUCUCUCACUAAGCAUUGUGAUUCCAGUGACAAGACUGUAUGCUGCAUCAAAGCUGUGCAUGCAAGGUGAUUGGUGGAAGAACAGCUACAUGAAUAAAGUGGAAAACUGA